CUAACUUCAUUGUUAUUUUCCUUUGUGUAAAAUCUAAAACGACAUAAAUUUUUUUAAAACGUUUUAAUUUAUGUUUAAACGCUACUUAUCUUAUUGAUUAUGAACUGAGUUUAUUAUAAAUAGUUUUAGAUUUGAUUAAGAAUGGAUUGUGGUAUAAUUUCAUUGCGUUUUAACCCGGAUCAAAGCAUGUUUAUUGCAUGCAUGGAAAGAGGAAUAAAAAUAUUCAAUGUGGAGCCCCUCGUUUUACAGUGCCAUUUAGAAACGCGACCUUAUGGAACAGCAUCGCAGUGUUACAUUUAUUCGCGUUCAAACGCGAUUAUGUACAUUCCUGGAGGAAGUAAGCCGAAAUUGGGUAAAAAUCACGCAAUUUUUUAUUGUAAGGACCAGGAUAAAGUGGUUGGGGAGCUUAAAUUCUCAUCGGAUGUCGUUGCUGUAAGAAUGACGCACAAUAGAUGUUUAGUGGCUCAAGAAACACAAUUGCACAUUUUUACUUUUCCUGAUCGGAUGAAAUUUUUAAUUACUUUACCAACUAUACAAAACAGGAAGGGAUUAUUGGAGGUUUCAGCAAGUAGAAUGUCGGAGUAUCAAAUUGCUGUAUUUCCAGGUUUUAAAACAGGAAGUAUACAGAUUUUGGAUUUAAAUAAUAUUGAAUCGAGUACUUCGAGUGCCCCCGUUUUUAUCGCAGCCCAUGAAAAUCCAAUUGCAUGUAUCGCAAUGGAUUUACAAGCUACAAAAAUCGCCACCGCUUCAAAUAAAGGAACUUUAAUAAGAAUUUGGGAUACACGGACGAGAAAUCAACUGUUAGAGUUAAGAAGAGGAACCGAUCCUGCUUCAAUUUAUUGUAUAAACAUAAGCCCCAAUUCCGAAUUUUUAUGUUGUUCGAGUGAUAAAGGCACAGUUCAUAUUUUUGCAAUUAAAGAAACGCAUUUUAAUAAAAGAAUGGGUAACACUUUAAGAAUGAUUGGGGGGCAAUAUGGGGAAUCGCAAUGGGCAUUUGCAAAUUUUACAUUGCGUUCAGAAAGACCCUGUGUUUGUGGGUUUGGUGAACAAAAAUCUGUUUUUGCGAUUUGCAUGGAUGGGGGAAUUCAUAAAUACGUUUUUAACCCUGAUAAUGGAAGUUGUUCAAGAGAGGAAUACGAAGUUUUUUAUCAUCACGACAUAGAAAAGUAAAAUUGGGUGGUUUAUUUAUGUAGGUUAGGUAAGGGAUGUAAAUAUGUUUAUUUAAAUGGAUGUAAAAUGAUAAUAUAAUAAAAAGUAUUUAAAUUUA